GGCCUGGCGGGCAGAGCAUGCCCAGUGUAAACCAUGAGGACUCUGGUGGAGCUGGCCAUCAGCGGGAUGCAGGCCCUUCACCGGCAGUACCGCGGCCGGGGCAGCCACCGGCUUAAGGCCAGAGCAUCAUAUGUGGAUGAGACUCUGUUUGGCAGUCCUGCGGGUACCCGGCCCACCCCACCAGACUUCGACCCACCCUGGGCGGAAACCACCAACAGAAGCCGGAGUCUGAGUUCCGGGGUGUCGCAGGCCAACGGGAAGUGUGAGAACACCCCAUCCUGGGGCGACACUCCAAGCCUCACACCAAGGAAGAGGAACAGAUACAGGUUGAUCGGCCACACACCAUCUUUCUGUGAUGAAUCGCUGUUUGGCUCCCGGCCAAAGGGCACCAGCUGGGAAGCCCCAUGGAUAGCCAAGGGUGAUGCUGCAAAACUCCAUGCCCUCUUCUGGACGCCACCCACUACACCCAGGGGCAGCCACUCGCCCCAGCCCAGGGAGACCCCGCUACGAGCCAUCCACCCAGCCAGUGCUUCCAAGACAGAGCCCAGGGUGGCAGCUGACUGCAGGAAACUGCCCGUGAAUGGCUUAGAUACUCCAGACCGUCUACCACGGGGGCGCUCCCAGUCCCUCACCCACCUGGAUGUUCCCAGCAUGGCUCUUCCACCUACCAGUGCCCCCCAUGCCAAUGGGCCUGCCCUGUUAGGGGUGACCUUUCGGAGACCUCUGCUGACUCCCAGGGCACAUUCCAUCAGCGUGUCUGUGCCUGCCACCCCCCGACGGGGUGGGGUCCCCCAGAAACCAAAGCCCCCUUGGAAAUGA